CUGAUAAAUUAAAUUGAAAUAGUCACAGAUUCAUAGCUAGAAGGUAGCUUAGAAAUAACCUCUUCUGUGGUAAGUCACAGAAAUAGGAUUCAAAUCUGGGACAUCUGAAAACAAAUCCAACAUCCUUUAUAUUUUGCCACACUCCAUGUUCUGGAGACCAAUUAAGAUGGGAAGAAUUAAUUUAAAUGAUACCUUAUCCAGUUACAUUGAUCCAUCUAACAUUUUUUAAAAAAUGCUUCCAAUACAACAUAAAUAAGGAAAUCAGGAUUCGAAUUGUGGAUGAGUAGAAUGGAGACUUAAGGAUGAAUCCGAAUAUAGACAGCAAGUAGUGUUGGUGGUAAUAGUGCUAUUGGUCAUUAGUGCAGGGUGAUUGCAACAACAGUUUUCUAAAAUUCUGUACAGAAAGAUUAAUAAUUUAUAAUUGAUUGGGAAAGUGGGGAGAAGCCAACAGAAUGCUUCUGGAUAUAUGAAGGGCUUGCAGUGAAUUCCUAGAUGAAUUACUUUGGCAAUGAUACCUGAAUAAUUGGAAGGCUAGAAAUAGAGGCUACUUAAAAUCUAAUAUUUCAGCACAGUCAUAAGGAGUUGAGAUAGGAGAGAAAAACUAACACUAAGGGUAGAUAAGAAGAGGUUGAAUCUUAAAGAUCUUGAUGGGGAAGUAAAGUGCUGGCCAUAGACAAAUAAGAGAAGUGAAAAAAAUUUCUGCUAUAAUCAGAGAGAUUUUUCUAAUUUUCUUGGAGAGUUGGGAUGCUGCCACAUGAUAUAAUUGUGAAAGUGGUGAUUUUUUUGGUAUAGGGUGGGGAAAUUAAAUUGGAUUAUGUUGAAUUUGUAGUUAUCAGAGGACUAUGCUGGUAAAUGUUCUACAACCAGAUCUUCAUAAAAAAUAAUUAUAGGCAAGAGACAUUUAAGUGUAUUAAUAGUUUCCUUCUUCACUUUCUUAAUUCUAGACAAUCAAUAAAACAAUAAAUCAAGCCAUGAUUUGUAAGUAUUCUCCCAUUUCAAAGGUGUGAAUGCUCACAUUGAAAAUUUAGCAUUCAGUUAUCACUCAGAAACCUAUUUCAAUUGAUUUGGAAUAUAUCAAUAUUUUGCAGACAGUAGGAGUUUUAACUGGUGUUUUAAGAAAGGUAGCAGUGAAUUUGGUAAUCCACUGUUUAAGACUAAAGCUGAAACUUAGGUGAGGGGAAGAAGACAGCUUCGUUCAAAAUUCUCUUCAUGAAAGGAAAAUGAUCCUUAAAGCUCUGAGGUUUCAUUGAGGAAAAGCUUUUGUUGUGGACUAAUUUGGUAAGAGUGGGAGGAGGGGUUCUAGAUAAAAUAAUAUUCCAAACAAUCUAUCUUUCUCGUUGUAAAUUAGACACUUUCCCCCCCUCGAAAGAAUCAGUGCAUUUGUCCAAACAAGUUUUGCCUUUGUUCUUCCACAUUCUGACCUUUUGGAACUUAACGGUUUUUUUUUCUUUAGAAAUAUUUUCUCUGUUGAUUUUAGGAAAAGAAACUAACUGCUGGGAUGUAUGGAGGUGUGGUGCUCUGACCUGAGAAUGCACUAGUAACAGAGAAUAUUGUGACAGAAAGCUCCUUUCCUCCCUAAAACAUAUAACAUUCUAAAGGUGAGUGAGAAUGACAUUCAGGAAUGGUCUCUCAUUUCGAUUCCCGAGAAAAGGGCUCAGUGACUGGCCAAGGGGAUUCUCGGAGUUGUUUUAGGUGGUGUUCAGGUUCUUUCUCUUUGUUUUUGGGGCCCGCAGGGACCAUAGACUGAACUCGAAGUUAUUGGAUCCCCAGUCUAGUCAGCUUUCGAGGACUGGAGGGUGGAGUUGAUCGUGGGGGAGAUAUCCUGCGCAGACAACCCACCUAACCUCAGAGAGAGAGAGUUUCAAUCAAUUCGUUGAGACAAUCCCUCCGUCCCUCCCUUGGCUACUGUUUCUUGGAGCUUUUCUUUAGAAAGGUUCUUUCUGUCCCAAAAUUGUUUUCUGUUAAGACCUCAGGCCAAGGAAAGGAGAAAAAAAAUGCCUGAGGGCUAUGAUAAAGCGAAUCUAGCGAGAAGCUGCAGGACUUAAUAAACUGCAAAACCUAGAGACCAGCGUCCCCUCUGCGUGGCCCUGAGUGAGUCACGGUCUCUGUAAUGCGCUAUCUGCUGCACAAGGAAGGCAUUCACUAUUUAUGCCCUCCUUACAACGACACGGUUGUUUACUCAAGUCACAGGAGCAGUACAGUUUCCUUCCCUACCCCCACCCCGCUCACCCUUGCUGCCUUCUUUUCCCUCCCUGUUCUUAGAUGAGGCUGAGGAUUUCCCUGUAAGUCAGUGCUCGAGUAAUUUCUUUAUAAUAAAAUUCUGAAUUUACCCCCAAAGGGGAAAAUUUCAGGACAGGCCCCAGAAGUCUGAAGAGGCUUGCUCCAACCCUGGGAGUGGAGCAGAAGGGUGAGGGAGUCCCGCCAGAUGUACCCAGAAGAGGGGGCGGAGUCUGGCACCAGAGCUUUUGCAAAGGGAACUCCUAAUCUUAAGUGGUUGAGAAGAUAAGGAAGUAGAUUCAAAAUGAGCUGGCUGCCCUUUGGGCUGAGGAAAGCCCACUGCUGGGUGAGCACAGAAGAAAGCCUUGCCCCGCCUUUUUAACAAACCCCAGCUCCAUCUGGAAGUAGCUAGCAAAUCCCAGAGUGGAGCUUGGUGAGUGGGCUUCUCAAGACUUGUCAAUUAUUUCCUCUCCCCCUCCCCCUUUACUGCUUUUAAAUAUCAAACUCCGGAUCCACUGAGAUACAUUUUCCAAGAUUUCUUUACUUUUCCUUUCCCUUCUCCUUAAGUUCUUCUAACAUUCUCUCCCCUCCCUCUCCUUUUCUCUUUAUCCUUUCUUUCCUCUCUCUCCCUUUUUUCGCAAAGACUCUUACAUUUGUCCCAUUUCUAUUUUCCCCUCUCUCUCCUUCUCCGUCUCUGCCUUCUCUAAAUAAACCUAGAAAACUACUUCUUUUGGGAGGAAAAGGCUGUGUCGACUCUAGUUAAUAUUGAAGCAUCUAGGGUAGAAUCGCAACGGGAGUAAAAAGACAUUGGCUUUUAUCUAUCCAUAGGAUCGGAAACUUGGAGUUCUUUUCCUAAGUUUAUUAUUAUUAUUAUUUUAAACUGUAAGGCAAGGUGAAAUUUGAACUUCUAUUUUAGAACCCAGAGCGAUCUUCCUUUCGGGGACAAUUUACUAUCAUCUUAUGAUAAUACACAACUAUAUAUACUCUAUACAGCCACAACUAACUUCCUUCCUGGCAAAUCGUACUCCCUAAAAGUCCUUUAAAGUUCUGAAGCUCGUGGACAUUUUCUUAACUCUUUCCCCGGGCUAUUUCCAAAGCCCUUAAUAAAUACCAUUUGGACUGAAGUGGAGUCCCACGAAUCUCACAUCUGCCUUCAGUUGUUGCUUGUUUAGGUUGAGCGACUUAGAGCACAGAGCGAAGGUAACAUUUCUCCAUGGCCAUUGAAAGACAAAGAUGUAAAGACUAAACCUAGAAAGACGACAUAUUUAGGAUACAGAAAUCCCCGCAUAGACUCCAAGUAGAAAAAUCUCUAUGUAUUUAUGGCAUGUAGGAAUCCCUACUUAGACCCGUGUAUAGAAAUUCUCACAUAGGCAAAAUUCCAAAUGGACACUAUUAUAUGAACAUUGUAGUUUUCUUCUCAAUAGGGUGAAAAAAACAAACAAACAACCGUUUCCCUCCCCGCUCACCAGUUUACUGGAGGUAUUGUAAGAGAGCGGAAAAGCAGGGAAUAGUGACUCCAAACCCUUUUAGUUCUGACAUUAAGUGCAAAGGUUGAGGUGAAACCAGGAUAGGAUCAAGUAGAAAUGCAAACGUCAAGGGCAAACUGCAGUGUAUUUGGUUGAAGAGAAGCUAGGGUAGGGAGAGAAAAGAAAGAAAAGGCAACACAUAGUCAUUGGCCUCGAGAGUAACUUUAGUUGCCAUGGUUUUUGUAGGGAAUAAAGCCUACAGUCAUAGAACAAAAUGUACCCAAGCUCUUUAUCUAUGUUGUAGCUACACAGGUCGGGAAAAUUCCCUGGAGGUUAGCUUCAAGAUGAAUCCACGUUUCUAGUCCCUCGUUACCUACACCCCGGCGCCCCCAGCACCCCGAAGCCUUUCUGUACAGCCCAAGAGCAAGAAACAUCUUGGUCUGAAUGCCAAGAAUUAAAGCUGAUCAAAUGCAUGGAGCGCUCUCUUACGGGACGCGAAAGAGGGACAUACGUGCGUAGUGGGGGUAGCGAAAUUGAGGAGUGCAAGCGGCCCAUCGCCCCUGGAAAGGAGCUCGGCGCCUUUAAAGGGAGCGGCGAAGAGCUCCCUACAGGAGGCGUGUCCGUCUGAGGUACCGCUGCUGCUACCGCUGCUGCUGCUGCUGCUGCUGCUGCUGCUGCUGCCGCCGCCGCCGCCACCACUGCUGCCGCCGUCACCACCACCACCACCACCACCAUCACCAUCACCACUACUACCACCAUAGCUGAAGAAGUGGCUGCCAGCUCUGGGGCCGCCUUCGCUGGCUCUGAGCUCCUGGGUGCACUUCAGUCCCGGAUCCCGGACCUCUGCAGCUCCUCUACUUCCUGGACAACCUCCUUCGGGCUCUUCUGAGCCGCUCCUCCCCUAGCUCCCAGGGCCAACCUCUCCCCACCCCUCUGCCCUCCCGCCCACCUCUUGGGAAGAGAAAGGCUUACUCGGCUGGACAUUGUGUGUGUGUGUGUGUUUUGGAUUUCUCAAGGAUUCUCCCCGACUAACAUGGAUGUCCCACCAUUCCUUGCAGUUGAAGGUUGCUCCUUGGCGCAGUGAGUGAAGAACAUGCAGGGACUGCUAAUGGGUUUGGGCAGCGUAGACUCGCUCCUCUCUCUGUGACCAUGCCGUGAUCGUGUCUGAGGGCCAUCAGUCUACGUAUUCUCAUUCUUACCCUACCGGGGAGCCUGACGCUAAAAGGGGGAAGUAGGUGCAGCGCGUGUGUGCAUAGAAACACCAUGAAGAUUAUUUCCCCGAUUCUAAGUAACCCAGUCUUCAGGUGCACCAUUAGA